AGCUCAGAUCUCUUUCUCUCUCCUCCCUCUCUCUCUCUCCUCUUUCCGAUCGUUCAUGUUUGCAGAGGUCAGUGUCAGAGAGAAAGAGACCUUCUUCUUCCCUGUUUAAUCGAUUUAUGAAUGUCACAUUACAUUUGAUUUUUUCUGGGUUUUUUUGUUCUCUGUUCGUUCUGUCUCUCGAUCUGUUAUUUCCUCAGAGGCAAAAUCCAAAGACCCAAUUGCAGGCAGGCAAUAAUUUCAUCAAGGAAGAUAACCUCGUACCUGAAUGAUUUGAGGAACUGAAGCUGGUUCUGGGAAGUAUGUGUGUGCGUGUCUGUCUGUAGGGGUUGCACUGAAAUGACAAUGGACCUGCACCCGUCAAUGGCGCAAAGUGUGAGAACAAGUAGGUCUUCUUUUAGCUCUAGCAAUGGCAAUGGGAAUACAACUCCUUUACACAGCUCUGCUGCUGCUGCAUUUGCAAAUGGGGAUGAUUAUGACAGUGACAGCUCCAGCUUGCCACCGCAAACACCAAGGACCUUGUCCAUGGACAUCCCAGCAGAACUUGCUGGUGCAAUACCCUUGAUUGAUAGAUUUCAGGUAGAAGGAUUUUUGAGGUUGAUGCAGAAACAGAUUCAGUCCGCUGGAAAACGUGGAUUCUUUACAAAAAAAUCCGUUGGUCCACAACCCCGAGAGAGGUUCACUUUUGAGGAUAUGCUGUGCUACCAAAAGGAUCCAAUACCUACAUCAUUACUGAAAAUCAAUAGUGACCUGGUAAGCCGGGCAAUGAAACUGUUCCAAAUCAUUUUGAAGUACAUGGGAGUUGAUUCAUCUGAUGAUCGAGUUACUCCAGCAAGCUUAGAUGAACGGAUAGAGCUUGUUGGAAAGAUGUUUAAGCAAACCUUGAAGCGGACAGAGCUUCGGGAUGAACUUUUUGUUCAGAUUUCAAAACAAACAAGAAAUAAUCCCGAUAAGCAAUAUUUGAUCAAAGCAUGGGAAUUAAUGUAUCUGUGUUCAUCCUCUAUGCCUCCUAGCAAGGACAUUGGGGGGUAUUUGUCCGAGUAUGUCCACAAUGUAGCACAUGGUGUGAAUAUUGACUCUGAGGUUCGAGUUCUAGCAAUUAAUACAUUAAAUGCCUUGAAGCGUUCUGUAAAGGCUGGUCCUAGGCAUACAAUACCAGGCCGCGAGGAGAUUGAAGCGCUUUUAACUGGUCGAAAGCUAACUACAAUUGUGUUUUUCUUGGAUGAAACCUUUGAAGAAAUCACAUAUGAAAUGGCAACAACAGUGGCCGAUGCUGUUGAGGAACUUGCAGGGGUAAUUAAACUCUCAGCUCUUUCUAGCUUUAGUCUGUUUGAAUGCCGCAAAGUUGUAACUGGCUCCAAAUCACCUGAUCCUGGAAAUGAGGAGUAUAUUGGGUUAGAUGACAACAAGUACAUAGGGGAUCUAUUAGCAGAACUCAAGGCCGCAAAGGAUCGAAGUAAAGGAGAAAUAUUGCAUUGCAAGCUGACAUUUAAGAAAAAGCUGUUUCGGGAGUCGGAUGAAGCUGUCACAGAUCCAAUGUUUGUGCAGUUGUCCUACGUUCAGUUGCAACAUGAUUAUAUACUGGGAAAUUAUCCUGUUGGAAGAGAUGAUGCUGCCCAGCUGUCUGCAUUGCAAAUCUUGGUUGACAUCGGAUUUCUGCGCAAUCCUGAAUCAUGCACUGACUGGAAUUUGCUUUUGGAACGCUUCCUACCCAGACAAAUCGCAAUCACACGAGCAAAACGAGAGUGGGAGUUUGAUAUUCUUUCUCGUUACCAUUCAAUGGAAAAUUUGACAAAAGAUGAUGCAAGACAACAAUUUUUGAGAAUACUGAGACAACUUCCUUAUGGGAAUUCAGUCUUCUUCAGUGUUCGCAAGAUUGAUGAUCCCAUUGGACUUCUUCCAGGGAAAAUUAUUUUGGGCAUCAACAAAAGAGGGGUUCAUUUUUUCCGUCCAGUUCCAAAGGAAUAUCUACAUUCAGCUGAGCUAAGAGACAUAAUGCAAUUUGGUAGUAGCAAUACUGCUGUUUUCUUUAAGAUGAGAGUUGCAGGUGUUCUUCACAUUUUCCAAUUUGAAACUAAGCAGGGUGAAGAAAUUUGUGUUGCUCUUCAAACACACAUAAAUGAUGUCAUGUUGAGGCGCUACUCUAAAGCUCGGCCUGCUGCUAGUGGUUCAACAAACGGAGAUCUUUCUAACAAUGUUAAGCCCUCUGAUGAUGAAGUUUAUGAAAAACGUAUACAGGAUUUGUCAAAAGCUGUUGAAGAGUCUCAGAGGAAUGCUGAUCAAUUGCUGGAAGAAUUGCGUGAAAAGCAAAAACAAGAAGCAAACAUGCAAGAAGAAUUAGAAAGUUUGAAGCAAUCCUUGGCAUUUGAGAAGCAAAACCUGACAGAAGUUAGAUGUGAUCAUGAUAGGCUUAGAUCAUUGUGUGAUGAAAAGGAUAUGGCACUUCAGGCUGCACUGCUAGAGAAAAAAAGCUUGGAAGCAAGGCUGCAAAACUUGGGUAAUCAAUUGGCAGAGAAAAAUAACAAAACACAGCAAGUUGGUGGAAUUAACCACGCAUUGCAGAAGCUCGAAGACGAGAUAAAGCUUCGUGGUGAGGAAUUGUUAGCAAAAGACAAAACUAUAAGGAGACUAUCUGAUGAAAAAAUAUCAUUGGAGCAAAGACUUUCUGGCCUCGAAAAGACUAAAUCUGUUGAGAUUGAUUCUGUCGGGAAAAAGUUUGAGCAAGAGCGCAGAGCGUUAAAACUUCAAGUGUUUGAACUUGAAAAGAAGCUUCAAGGAGUUAACCAAGAAUUAGCAGGUCUUAAGUCAACUCUUGCCACCAAAAACUCUGAGGUUGCUGAAUUACAAAGUAGCUUAAAGGAAUUGGAGGAACUGAGAGAAAUGAAAGAGGACAUUGAUAGAAAGAACGAGCAAACUGCUGCCAUCUUGAGGAUGCAAGGAGCUCAGCUAGCUGAGAUGGAAGUGCUUUACAAGGAAGAACAACUUUUGAGGAAGCGAUAUUUUAAUACCAUAGAAGAUAUGAAAGGCAAGAUUAGAGUCUUCUGUCGAUUGAGACCCUUGAGUGAAAAAGAAAUUAAUGAAAAGGAAAGAGAUACAGUUAAAAGUGUAGAUGAGUUCACAAUUGAACAUCCAUGGAAAGAUGACAAAUUGAAACAACAUAUGUAUGAUCGUGUAUUUGAUGGUAAUGCCACCCAAGAGGAUGUCUUUGAAGAUACAAGGUAUUUGGUACAAUCUGCAGUUGAUGGGUAUAAUGUGUGCAUAUUUGCAUAUGGGCAAACCGGUUCCGGAAAGACAUAUACCAUAUACGGUUCAGAAACUAAUCCUGGACUUACUCCACGAGCUACUGCAGAGUUGUUUAAAAUAUUGAGGCGAGAGAACAACAAAUUCUCAUUUUCAUUAAAGGCAUACAUGUUGGAGUUGUAUCAAGAUACACUUGUAGACCUUCUCUUACCGAAAAAUGCCAAGCGUUUGAAAUUGGAGAUCAAGAAAGAUUCAAAGGGUAUGGUCUCGGUUGAGAAUGUAACAGUUCUCUCAAUUUCAUCACAUGACGAACUGAAAAGUGUCAUUCAAAGAGGUUCAGAACGAAGGCACACUGCUGGAACUCAGAUGAACGAUGAAAGUUCAAGAUCACACCUCAUAGUUUCUGUUGUCAUCGAAAGUACCAACCUUCAAACCCAAUCUGUUGCAAGAGGAAAGCUAAGUUUUGUGGAUCUUGCUGGUUCGGAAAGAAUAAAGAAGUCGGGCUCUUCAGGUAGUCAACUUAAAGAAGCGCAAAGUAUCAACAAAUCACUUUCAGCACUUGGGGAUGUUAUUAGUUCUUUAUCUUCCGGUGGUCAACACAUACCGUACAGGAACCAUAAGUUAACGAUGCUAAUGAGUGAUUCACUUGGUGGUAACGCGAAGACGCUUAUGUUUGUAAACGUUUCUCCUGCUGAAUCAAAUGUGGACGAGACGUACAAUUCUCUAAUGUAUGCAUCAAGAGUCCGAUCAAUCGUGAAUGAUCCAAGCAAAAACGUUUCUUCAAAAGAAAUCAUGCGGCUGAAGAAGUUGGUUGCAUAUUGGAAAGAACAAGCAGGCAAGAGAGGAGACGACGAAGAUUUGGAAGAAAUUCAGGAUGAGCGACCGGUGAAAGAUAGAGAUGGCCGCCAUUCCAUGUAACUUUUCGCGGAAACUAGAUUGGCGAAACUUGUAGUUGGAAAUUCUAGCAUUACAAGUUUAGGCAGAAUUUUGGAAUGUGAGCUUUAGGGUUUCGGCAGGGUAGACCACAUCGAGCGAGCAUACGAUUUGGUUCUGUGUUCUAGUUGAUACUCUCUGCUUCUCAUUGUGUUGUGAUGAAAAAAGGUUGUAACCGGGUUAGGAGGAUAUAAGUUGUACAGUGUGGCUGGUGUGUAUAUAUGACAUACUCUUGAUUUUAUUUGUAUAUGGAGUUCGAAGUUUCGUCCU